AAGUACCUUAGAAGGGAUGGAGUGUGGAAGUUCUUCCCUAGAAACAAAACUGAUGGUCUGGUCUGAGGGCCAGGGUUAUGCCCAUUUGAAGAAUACGGUGGUCUGAAGGCUGUGGUGUGAGGGACCUUGAAUGACCCUGUCCCUCCUCCCCCAGCACAGUUCAAUUCCAUCUGGAGAUCAUGGAGCUUUCUCUAUCAGGCCCUGAGCUUCGCUUAUGAGGACAGAAAGAUGAGCCAAUGAGCUAGACCAUCAGAGAGCCCCCAGGGAGCUAGGUUUUGAGGGAGCAGCCAGAAUGAGCACAGCGCUCCAAUCAAGCAGAGGAGAUGAGCUCUUGCAUCAAGGAUGGAUGAGACUGGAAGGUAUUUACAAAGGAUGCAGAGCAGACAGGCUAUGACUGCUUGGUGUGGAGCAAUGUGAGAAUAGCCCUGUCUUCUCAGUGACGUAGGAGGUGGGACAUCCUAGCUGUCAUGGAAGGGUACAGAGAAUGCAUUUGCUAGACUGGUGCCAAUCCCAUGGAGGGACUGGCCAUUGCUUACACUUCUCUGUCUGUACCUGUGGAUACAAAGGCCGUGCUCUGUUGCCCUCCUAUCCUGUUGACAACGGUGGUGGUAGCAACGUGGGAAAUCACCUUCAGAGACAACUCUUCCUGCACCAGAGCCUACAGGAGAGAUAACAACGAGACCAAGGACAGUAACUGUACGGACACGAGAAUAACCUGGGUCUCCAGACCUGACCAGAAUCCUGCCCUUCAGAUUGAUCCAGUGGCCACCACGCAUGACGGGAACUACACGUGUGAAAUGGUCACACCCAAUGGGAAUUUCCGGCAUGGAUACUACCUCCAAGUGUUAGUGCCCCCUGAGGUGACCCUGUUUCAGAGUGGAAAUGGAACCGCAGUGUGCAAGGCGGCUGCAGGGAAGCCGGCCGCACAGAUCUCCUGGACCCCAGAGGGGACUUGUGUCACUGAGCAGGAACACUGGGACAAUGGCACAGUGACGGUCCAGAGCACCUGCUCCUGGGAGGGCCACCAUGUGCCUAACGUGUCCUGCUCCGUCUCUCAUGUGACUGGAAACAAGAGUCUGUCCUUAGCACUGGGCCCAGGUGUCGGAAUCUUGGGAUUUCCAGAAUCAUCCCUAUUGAUCAUUCUCUGUAUGAAGUUCUCUCUUUUCCUGAUUAUCCUGGUCAUCGUGGUCAAGAGAAUAAACGAUUGCAGGAAGGAAUGAAGACUGAAAAAUAAAGACUCAUUAGAAGGAAAACGUUAUUGUAACACUUUGAGUUUACAAUGCCCUGGGAAAAACUUGAUGCACUUUUUGGCAUGUAUUUGUUCUUCCAGCCCUUUCUUUGAUGUAGGAAUUUUGUUAACAGUGGAGAGCCCAGGGGCACUGGGGCAAGAGCUUCUGCUCCCUUGUAGUUUUUCCACAGGAGACACCUGUCCUGGGCCAGCCAGCCCGUGAGCAUUCUGUGGGGGAAAUGAAGUGCUUCUGGGGCUUCCUAAGUGUUUAUUUCCUAGUUUCUUUGCUUCUGAAGGCUUGUGUUAAUUCUUGCUUAAUUAUAUAUUUUAUGUUUUUUCCUAGAGCAUGAAAAUUUAAAAAUCUGGAAAUCAAUUUAGACCUGAUGAGAUAUCACAAAAAAAGCAGCUAGUUGUGAUCUACCUUCCAGCUGAACAUCUAGCUCAACUGCUCCUGUUACUUUUUGAUACCUCUGUGUUUAGGAGAAAAAAUAUGAUAGUCGGCAAGGCCAGCUUCAAACACUCAGCUCACACACACACGUAUAUGUAUUCAUGAAAAAGUUUGCUGCUUAUCGUAAAUGCCUAGGAUGACUCACCUACUUUCCCCUUUGCCCUACUGAGCUAUUAUUUGCAAAUGAGAAACAACCCUGCUUCUGCCUAAAGAGGAACAUGGCCAGCAAAAGGCAAGCAGCAAUGCUGUGCAGUUUGCCUACACCCCUUGGUUUCUUUGGAUGGUGCUUCCAUCCUAACUUCUUGUUUUCUCUGCCCUCUUGAGAUGUUGCAGUGGCAGGAGCUGCUACAAACACUACCUCCAGGAUAGCCUGUAGCUGACCUUUCAUUCUUUGCUAGUCAACAGCUGGGGUAGUUGGAUUGCAUGUUUGGCCUGAUCAUUGAGUAAGUGGCCAGAAGUCAUUUUUAGCAGUGCCUGCAUUUUUGAGGAAAUUAUAAGUCGAUCCCAAAUAAAAUGAUGUUAGAGUCCUUGGAGUCAGGACUGAAUGCCACCUUACCUUUUAGAGCUCCAGGGUCUCAAUCUUCUUUCUUGUCUUCACUCCAGGUUGGAAUGGUAAAUAGUGGUAAGAGUGCUUCUUGAAGCCCUAACAUUUUCUAGGGCCACUGAAAACUGGAGUCCUAUCUUCACUGAUACCCAUGGUAAUCCUAUAGUAGAAACGGUCCUUUGGUUUAAAGGAAUAUUUCUUGUAGAAGGUGGCAGGUCAUUUGGGCUAUUACUUUCAUUUUUAGCCAAAUUCUAGGGGAGAAAAUGAAUGCAUUCUAUCUGGAGGAUACUAUAUAAGUAGGAUAGCCUAAUUGUUGAAACAGCCGCCAAAUCUCAGUGUAUUCAUACCGCAAAGUAUGACAAAAUGCUUGCUCACUCCACAUUCCAGUGCAGGUUGGUGGGCCUGAGGCAGGGGGCAGGAGUGCUUCUGCUGUAAGCUAGCAUUUUAUCCCAUUGCUCUGCCCUUCUCAGAAUGUUCUCCAUCCAGCUCGUGAAUGGGAAAGAGAGAGGAAGGAAGAUUUCAUGUGGGAGACUUUUUAUGAACCAGGCCUAGAAUAGCAAUCAUUCCCGCUCACAUUCUGUGGACUAGUACUUGUCAUAUGACUCCACAAUUCUAUGGAAGUUGAAAAAUGCAGUGUAAUUGUCUUGGAAGAAAUGGAGUCAGGGUUGGGUAUAUAUAGCCAGUCUCUGCCUUCAGCGAAGAAUUGGACAAAUGCUAAGAUUAAUACCUACUGUAUUAGUAAUUGAACAUGAGUCAAGAAAUAAAUGAGUAAAUAAUGUCAUAUAUAACUCUUAUUAGCUCUUUUCUCUUUUCUUUGUUAUUAUGACUCUUUUAUGUUUAAGAUAGAUUAUAGACUGGAAAACAGUCUAGUACCACAAUUCUGUCAUAAACUCAGAAAUACUGUGGCACAGAUUGCCAGUUGCCUGGUCCAGUGCUCAUCGUUUCCCUUCUCCUCAUGGUAGGCAAUUGUAUUCGUGACUCCAAAUCUCUACGCCUCCCUCUGCGUAAUUUGCCAGUGACUUUAGAGUUCUUUCCAUAAAGAGAGUGCAUAUUUCUCUACCCCAGGUACUUUGCUUUUGCCAACCAAAUGAGGCAAAAGUGAACCAAUUUUGAGCCUGGGUCUCAAGAGGUGCUGCGGGUGUUGACUGCCACUCUAUGAGAACAUGCCUGGGCCCCUCUCCUGGAGGACGGGAAGCAUGUAGAGCAGAACUAAGUCACCCAGUCCCAUCCCCCACCGGCCUGGACAAUCCCAUGGUCGACUAUCUCCUAGACAUAAGAGGAAGCUUAAUCAAGAUCAGAAGAGCUGCCUACCUGAAUAUCAGAUGAUCCCAGACAUUUAGCUAUUGUUGCCACAGAGGUUUUGUGGUUACCACUCAGCAUUAGCAUGGUGUUAGUGAUAGAGCCUGGACAGGGGUACAGUCAUUUUGAAUAAGCCCCCCUGCCACCUUAGAGAGACCCAGGAUUCAUUUUACUCAGGCUCCAAGCAUUUUCCCGAGGACACGUCAGCAAGCUGCAAGCCCACCUUUUCCCUGACCCAGCCCCUCAAAAACCUGCCAAAAAACCCUGCCAUAAAAAGCCUCAUAGUCUGUAAGAGACGCCUUCUUUGUUCUGCUGACCAGAACAGAGGGGUCCCUCUCAGGUUUAGCAAUAAACCUGCUUGGACUGUGGAGUUCACAGUCCAAAAAAAACCCUUCUUUUCCUUUUAAUUAGGUCUCUCAUAAAUUGAUUAAUAGCAUAACUUCCAUUUUAGUUAGCAUGGAGACAUGCUUAGCUAAAAGAAAUUUCUUAGUUUCUCUUGUGGCUGAGUAUGACCACAAACAAAAGUUUUUGUGAAUGAGAUGCAAGCAUCAGUCUCUGUGAUAUUUUUAGGAAAACUCUCUAAAAUAAAGGAGAGGUCCUCUUUUGCUUUUCCUCCUUACCUCUGGACUGCAACACUGCUGUGGUGACUGUAGGUCCAGCAGCCAACUUGGGCCGUGAAUGACAUUGAGGAUGGAAGCCACUCAUCAAGAUGGUAGAAAGGAAAGACGGAAGGAUUCUGGCCCUGAUGACCGUGGAGUUGCUAUACCAACCUAGUCUACCUACCUGUAAACUUUUGUGUGAGAAUAAACUAUUUUGUUGAUGCCACUGUUAUUUUAGUUUUUACUCCAUAUACAGUUGAACGUGAUCCUGGUUGAUGCACAUGCCCAGUUUGCCAGUCUCAAGGUUGGCUGGCAGCACUAUGACACAGGUCAUUCUCUGCUCAUGUGCAUUUUCAUGGUCUUGCUUUCAUUCUUCCCCAGAGAUCAUGAAACAGAUGUGACUUGAGAAGACAAGAAUCAUAGGAAUGAGGGCCAUCUCUGCAGUAGUUCCAGAAGAAUUGCUGGUGCAAUGCUGUGGGCUUGUGAUAGGAAAGUGUUUGGAAUGUGGAAGUGUGCAAAGAACAUCUCAUAGACAGUCCCUAGACAGGGGAGGCCAUGCCUGCCUUUAGGAUUGGGAAGAGAAGAUACUGUUGCAGGCUCUCACAGAGGAUGUGAACAGAAGAAAGACAGGACCGGAAA